AUUUAAGCCGUUUACCCGGCGGCGAGGCAGUCGUCUUCCUAGCUGCGUUCUGCAUACUUGCACGAUGGAGGUAUCCACUGUUAUAUUCUUCAGUCUGCUGUUGUGUGGUGUCAGCGACGUACAGGCUGCUCGCAAGCGUACGACAUUGGUUAAACGGGUCCGACAGAACGAAAUUGACAUCAAUGUAUGGAAACGUUCAGCUGCUGAUAUUACGAAUAAAAUGUUUGCCAACCUUAAAGACCUGGAGUCAUCACUAAAGGAAGAACUGAUUGGUACGUUCGUCCCUCCGUUAAUAAAUAGUCUAGUAAAACAAGCCCUGACCGACAUCCUGACAGAAGACUUUAUCGGGCAUAUCAUUAGCGGACAUGUCCUUGAUGAGGUUCAAAGUCUGAAAGCCAAUGUGCAAAACACGAAGACACAACUUGAAGCACUGGCACAACAGCUGAGACGUGUACAACGGGAAAGAGACACUUACAGAAAGAGUCUUCGAAAACAACGUCGCAGGGUGAUCAAAGACAUCCAUGAUUUACAGCUGCAGCUGAAUGAGACGGCAGCUGCCCUGCGUGAUGCCAGGACCACGACGUAUCCUGGAACUACAGCAGCCUCGACUGACCCGAGCCUGAGCAAGACGGUCCCACCAAUGCCAGUGACGACACAAGACUCCCACGCGACUCCAUUACCAGCAGCAGACCGCCGCCUCUACUCCGCCAGCAAGGCCGGUGACCUGGAGACAGUGAAGCGGAUCCUGUCAGCGGGUCACGUGGACAUCAACACGAGAGGAUGGAACAGCCUGACACCGGUGAUGGUGGCAGCAUGGAGGGGACACAGCGAUGUGGUGGAGUUCCUGGUGGGUAGAGGGGCUGAUGUGUCACUGGUGGACAGGGACGGUAACAACGUCCUUCACUCGGCCUGUGAUGGUGGAGACCUGGAGAUCGUGAAGCUGAUCGUGUCCCUGAACGUGGUGGACAUCAACAGUGGAGGAUGGAGGAGCAGGACACCGGUGAUGGCGGCAGCACGGAGGGGACACAGUGAUGUGGUGGAGUUCCUGGUGGGAAGAGGGGCUAAUGUGUCGUUGGUGGACAGGGACGGUAACAACGUCCUUCACUCGGCCUGUUAUGGUGGAGACCUGGAGACCGUGAAGCUGAUCGUGUCCCUGAACGUGGUGGACAUCAACAGUAGAGGAGAGUACAGCACGACACCGGUGAUGGUGGCAGCAUAUAAUGGACACAGCGAUGUGGUGGAGCUUCUGGUGUGUAGAAGGGCUAAUGUGUCGCUGGUGGACGGGUUCGGUAACAACAUCCUUCACUGGGCCUGUGAUGGUGGAGACCUGGAGACCAUGAAGCUGAUCGUGUCCAUGAACAUGGUGGACAUCAACGCCAGGAACAACGACGGGGGAAACAGCGGCCGACAGGGCGAGAGUCUGGGGACAUCAGCGAGUGGUGGAGUUCCUGGAGUCACGUGGUGGACACUGAAGUUGGUGUUGGUGUGGACAGAGACGGGGCACACGUCGUUGCUGACACUGACGGGGUGUGCGCUGUUCAAUCUUGUUCACAAUUUUUUCUUCCUGAAUAUAAAUAAAAUCUGUUGAAUGUAUUUUCAGACA